GUUGGUCUUACAAGCCCGUGUGGCUUCUGCGGUUGUUCUGGAGUGCCUGAGUGCACUAUCAGAAUCACGGUACCAAGCACCGGGGCACCCACCUGGGAAACAAGACGUAUAUACCAGCACGCAUUCAGGUAUGGGUCCAUCGAUUCAGGAUCAAAGAACAAGCCCUGUCGCAACUUACCCCUUAAAUGUGUGCUCUGUCACCCUGUACUACCUCCCCAGCCCGGAAAGACCACACGAAAGGUUCCCGUACUCCCUGUUGAAGCCAUAUGGCGCUACAACAUGACAGCGCAUAUCCUGGACCAGCACGAGGAGUACGCUGUCCCAGGACAUAGAGAGGCCGGAGUUCCAUUGCCAGUAAGCAUGUGGAAGACGAUGAAGCUUACGGAUCUUGAACAGGGCACUUCGCACAUCCCGGAG